GGAAGGGGGGGGGCAGGCGCGGCGGGCGCGUGCCGGGCCCGGCGGAGGCGGAGGGGAGCGGAGCAUGAAUGGAGCAAGAUGGCGGAUCAUGUGCAGAGCCUAGCCCAGCUAGAGAACCUGUGCAAGCAGCUCUAUGAGACCACGGACACCGCCACACGGCUCCAGGCAGAGAAGGCCCUGGUUGAGUUCACCAACAGUCCAGACUGCCUGAGCAAGUGCCAGCUGCUUCUAGAGAGAGGGAGUUCCUCCUACUCCCAGUUGCUGGCAGCUACAUGCCUUACCAAGCUGGUGUCACGCACAAACAACCCUCUGCCCCUGGAGCAGCGGAUAGACAUCCGGAACUAUGUGCUCAACUACCUUGCCACGAGGCCAAAGCUGGCAACCUUUGUCACACAAGCCCUGAUCCAGCUGUAUGCCAGGAUCACAAAGCUGGGCUGGUUUGACUGCCAGAAGGAUGAAUAUGUCUUCAGGAACGUGAUCACAGAUGUCACAAGGUUUUUACAGGAUAGUGUAGAGCACUGCAUCAUAGGAGUGACAAUCCUGUCCCAACUAACGAAUGAAAUUAAUCAAGUAAGUGCUACAGCCUUCCUCAGUGAAGCGGACACCACCCACCCCCUGACCAAGCACAGGAAAAUAGCCUCCUCCUUCCGAGACUCCUCCUUGUUUGAUAUUUUCACACUCUCAUGCAAUUUACUGAAACAGGCUUCUGGGAAGAACCUGAAUCUGAAUGAUGAGAGCCAGCACGGGCUGCUGAUGCAGCUGCUCAAGCUCACACACAACUGCCUGAACUUCGACUUCAUCGGCACCUCCACAGACGAGUCCUCAGAUGAUCUUUGCACUGUACAGAUCCCAACCAGCUGGAGAUCAGCCUUCUUGGAUUCUUCAACCCUUCAGUUGUUUUUUGAUCUUUAUCAUUCCAUCCCUCCUUCGUUCUCUCCUCUGGUGUUGUCCUGCCUAGUGCAGAUCGCCUCUGUCCGCAGAUCCCUCUUCAACAACGCCGAAAGGGCCAAGUUCUUGUCUCAUCUCGUUGAUGGAGUGAAAAGGAUACUGGAAAACCCCCAGAGCUUGUCAGACCCCAACAACUACCACGAGUUCUGCCGGCUGCUGGCUCGGUUGAAGAGCAAUUACCAGCUGGGAGAGCUGGUGAAGGUGGAGAACUACCCUGAGGUCAUCAGGCUCAUUGCCAACUUCACUGUCACCAGUCUGCAGCACUGGGAGUUUGCUCCCAACAGCGUUCACUACCUGCUGAGCCUGUGGCAGCGGCUGGCUGCGUCGGUGCCCUACGUGAAGGCCACAGAACCUCACAUGCUUGAAACAUACACACCAGAGGUCACAAAAGCUUACAUCACCUCCAGGCUGGAGUCUGUCCACAUCAUCUUGAGGGAUGGCCUGGAGGAUCCCCUGGAUGACACAGGCCUGGUGCAGCAGCAGCUGGAUCAGCUGUCCACCAUCGGGCGGUGCGAGUACGAGAAGACCUGCGCCCUGCUCGUGCAGCUCUUCGACCAGUCGGCCCAGUCCUACCAGGAGCUGCUGCAGAGUGCCACUGCCAGCCCCAUGGAUGUUGCUGUUCAAGAAGGCCGCCUGACCUGGCUGGUGUACAUCAUCGGGGCGGUGAUCGGCGGCAGGGUCUCGUUCGCCAGCACGGACGAGCAGGACGCCAUGGACGGCGAGUUGGUUUGUCGGGUGCUGCAGCUGAUGAACCUGACGGACUCCCGCCUGGCGCAGGCCGGCAACGAGAAGCUGGAGCUCGCCAUGCUGAGCUUCUUCGAGCAGUUCCGCAAGAUCUACAUCGGAGAUCAGGUGCAGAAGUCUUCCAAGCUGUACCGCCGUCUCUCAGAGGUCCUGGGGCUGAAUGAUGAGACCAUGGUCCUGAGUGUCUUCAUAGGGAAAAUCAUCACCAACUUGAAGUACUGGGGCCGCUGCGAACCUAUCACCUCCAAGACGCUGCAGCUGCUCAAUGACCUCUCCAUUGGCUACAGCAGCGUGCGGAAGCUGGUGAAGCUCAGCGCCGUCCAGUUCAUGCUGAACAAUCACACGAGUGAGCACUUUUCCUUCCUGGGCAUUAACAAUCAGUCCAACCUGACUGACAUGAGGUGUCGGACAACCUUCUACACUGCACUUGGGCGUCUCCUCAUGGUGGAUUUAGGGGAAGAUGAGGAUCAGUAUGAGCAGUUCAUGCUUCCCCUGACUGCUGCCUUUGAGACUGUGGCACAGAUGUUCAGUACAAACACUUUCAACGAACAAGAGGCAAAAAGGACUUUGGUUGGCUUGGUGAGAGACUUGAGGGGAAUAGCCUUUGCCUUCAAUGCCAAGACCAGCUUCAUGAUGCUGUUUGAGUGGAUCUACCCCUCCUACAUGCCCAUCCUCCAAAGGGCCAUUGAGCUCUGGUACCAUGACCCAGCCUGCACUACACCUGUCCUCAAACUGAUGGCUGAGUUGGUUCACAACAGGUCCCAGCGGCUGCAGUUCGAUGUCUCCUCCCCCAACGGCAUCCUGCUCUUCCGAGAAACCAGCAAAAUGAUCACCACUUAUGGGAACCGGAUCCUGACGCUGGGGGAGGUGCCCAAGGAUCAGGUGUACGCCCUGAAGCUGAAGGGGAUCUCCAUCUGCUUCUCCAUGCUGAAGGCGGCGCUCAGCGGCAGCUACGUCAACUUCGGCGUCUUCCGCCUCUACGGCGACGACGCCCUGGACAACGCCCUGCAGACCUUCAUCAAGCUGCUGCUCUCCAUCCCCCACAGCGACCUGCUGGACUACCCCAAGCUCAGCCAGUCCUAUUAUUCCCUGCUGGAAGUUCUCACCCAGGACCACAUGAACUUUAUAGCCAGUCUGGAGCCUCAUGUAAUCAUGUAUAUCCUCUCUUCCAUUUCAGAAGGUCUCACUGCACUAGACACCAUGGUUUGCACAGGCUGCUGCUCCUGUCUGGACCACAUUGUCACCUAUCUCUUCAAGCAACUCUCUCGUAGCACCAAGAAGAGGAGCACCCCCCUGGCCCAGGAGAGUGACAGGUUCCUGCACAUCAUGCAGCAGCACCCAGAGAUGAUCCAGCAGAUGCUGUCUACAGUGCUGAACAUCAUCAUCUUUGAGGACUGCAGGAACCAGUGGUCAAUGUCUCGGCCUCUGCUUGGUUUGAUCCUGCUCAAUGAGAAGUACUUCUCUGACCUGAGGAACAGCAUUGUGAACAGCCAGCCCCCAGAGAAGCAGCAGGCAAUGCACCUCUGCUUCGAGAACCUGAUGGAAGGCAUCGAGCGCAACCUCCUCACCAAGAACAGGGACAGGUUCACCCAGAACCUGUCGGCGUUCCGGCGGGAGGUGAACGACUCCAUGAAGAACUCCACCUACGGCGUCAACAGCAACGACAUGAUGAGCUGACACCUCCCCCACCUCAGCACCUCUGCGGAGCAGCGGCGGCGGCGGCAGCAGCAGCAGCAUCUCUUUGGCCUGGCCCAGAGGGCUUACCGUUUCCGAUGGAAAGAAGAGGAGGAGCCUCGGAGCCUUUUCUAAUCCCUGCUCUUCCCCAGGGCUUGGAACCGCAGGCGCUCACUUUUUGGGUCCCUGUACUCCCCCCUCCCCCCCAAGUCCUUUAACCCCCUCCCUUGCCCCCAUCCCCCACC